CGCUAUUUGGUCGGCGGCCGGGUGUACCAAAAGAAGUGAGUAAAGAAGAAAACCAGAAACUAUCAAGGAUGGAUGCUGACUGCUAUAAACUUUGUGAGAAGCUGAUACCUGACACAUAUGUACAUCAAGGACAACAGGCCCGACAGGUCCACCAGAACAAGAUCAAACAUCUUCUGCAACAGAAGAAGUUGCCGGAGGAGGGUUGGAGCGACCUCACCAUUGAGAUCCUCCUCCAGGAAUUCUCUGUGAUGGAUAGUAACAAUUUUCCCGGAAAUUGUGGUGUUGGGGAAAGGGAAGCCAGAGUUUUCUCCCCUUUAGUGCUGAAGAGACACUACAAUUUUGGACAUGGAAUAGGUCGAUCAGGAGAAAUUACUGCCAUACAACCAAAAGCCGCAGGGUCAAGUCUCAUGAUGAAAUUGACUAAUAGUUUGGCUCUUGAUCUCAUCAGACUAUGUGGUAUUCCGUCUGUGAAGAGCUGUUUUGUGGUCCCCAUGGCAACAGGAAUGAGUAUGGUACUGUCAAUGUUGACCUUCAGACUAAUUCGACCCAAUGCAAAAUUUGUCAUCUGGCCGCGUAUUGAUCAGAAGUCUUGCAUUAAGUCCAUCAUUACAGCAGGUCUGACCCCUGUGGUGGUGGAGAACAGGCUGGAGGGAGAUGAGUUGAGGACGGAUGUACAGGCAGUCCGUGACAAGGUAGCAGAGCUAGGAGCGGACAGUGUUCUUUGUAUAUUUACCACGACAAGCUGCUUCGCACCUCGAGCCCCAGACAGGCUUGAGGAAAUAGGAAAGAUUUGUAAAGAUAAUGACAUUCCACAUCUUGUAAACAAUGCCUAUGGUCUACAGUGUACCAAGUGUACACACCUCAUACAACAGACAGCUAGAACAGGAAGAGUGGAUGUGUUUGUACAGAGUACAGACAAAAACUUUAUGGUGCCCGUCGGGGGAUCCAUUAUCGCUGGUUUUGAUGACAAGCUCCUGGAAAGAAUCAGUAAAACAUACCCUGGGCGGGCAUCAAUGUCACCGACAAUGGACCUGUUUAUAACACUGCUCAGUAUGGGUUCCAAAGGCUACAAAACACUAGUUAAACAGAGAAAGGAGCUUCACACUUAUCUACAAACGUCCUUGUCACAGUGUGCCGCCAAACAUAGACAGAGACUCCUCAACAUAACCCACAACCAUAUAUCUAUGGCCAUGACUUUGACAGUAGAUGGAUCCAGUGCUACAGAUAUAGGCUCCAAGCUGUUUACACGUUGUGUCUCUGGAACAAGAGUUGUUUCUCAGACUGGGAAGAUAAGUGAUAUAAAUGGCCAGCACUUCUGUAACUUUGGUGCCCACUCCGACGUGUAUCCCUGCUCCUACCUCACAGCGGCAGCCGGCAUCGGGAUGACGAAAGAUGACGUUGAUACAUUUAUAUCCAGACUGGACAAGGUGUUAUCCAAGGGUAAAAUGUUACCUUAUAACUCCAUCAACGAAACUGUUGUAGACAAAACAGACGAUAUAUUAUCACCAGAAUUGUCUGGUAAUGAAAAAUCACAAGGCGAAGGAACACUACAGUCCAGUCCGACACAAUCUGAUGAUGCUAAUUUAUCAUGAAAUAAUAUUUUGUAGAACUGUGUUACCACAAUGAAGAGUUUGAUAAAGAAAAAAAAAUAAUGAAUUGAAGGGAAAAAGGGGAAUUAAAAAGAAUUUAAAAGUGACAUUUUACAAAUACUGUGUCAGCAAACCUGCAUGUUAGUGAAAAAAGAGGAUUUUUUAAUUCUAGGUUUAUAUGCAAAUAUUUGUCUUUAACUCUUAUGCUGACUAAUUAUAAACUAUUACAGUAUCUUUGUAGUGUCAGUAUAGAUAAUUAUUUGAAGAUGAUCUAGCAUUAUUUCUAUAAGAUACAAAAAAAGUUCUUAUAUGAUAGAAUCACUUUUAAAGUGAAUAGCUUAUACAAGACUCAGAUAUAUCCAUAUACUCAUUCACCCCUGAAGAUACAUUUGAACUCUUCCAAUUCAAAGCUUUGAAUAGUUCAUUAUGAAAAAUCAGGGGUGAAUGAAUUGAUGUUUUACCUUUCUUUCAGCUUAGCCGGAUUUGUCUUGUGAUUAAUUUUGUCAAAAGGUCUUUGUAAAAGGGAUGGAUGGAGAGUUUUUCUGUCUCUGAUCUUAGGGUGAUACAAGAGCAUUCUGUGAUGUCACGUAUAAACCAACUAAAUAUCUUUCCGAAAGUGGUACACAUAUUUUAGUAAUAUGUAUGUGUGAGCCAAAUUAUCUAUUAAAUGCUAGUAUAUUGGUUUGGGAUGAAGACUAGUAAACCCUCUUGGUUGUUUCCUCAUUGCACACCCCUUCUAGUAAUUAUAAUUGAUUCUCUUUUUGUAUAUCUACCGGUAUAUACAGUCAAAUCUGCUUUUGUGAUCAUCUCUAUUAAGAGAUGUGUGUUAAAAUACCACUUUUAAUGUUAAUGAUAAUAAAAUAAUAAUUUUAGGUUCUUAUAUACUGCUUUAUCACAACCUACAUGUA